AUUUAUUACCUAAUCUCAGGAGGCCCUCUUUUUGUUUGUUAUCUAAUUAAAAGUAGGGUUAUGUGAGGGAUUUUCUUGAUGGGCUUUCUUUAAAUUUAUCGGCUUGUUUAAAGCUCUGUAUUUGGAGCUUAAAAAUGAAUAUUUGAAGAACAAAUUCCAUCAAGAAAUAUUUACUAAAAAAAUAAAAAGAUUCAAUAUGACAAUUUUGAAGGAAGUAUUAGGACAUGAUCAAACUCAUCAAAGAAGAAAGAUUUUAGUUUCAAUUCGAUUCGAUUCAGAAAGCAAAGAGCUUCUUGGUUGGGCUAUUGUCAAGGUUGCUGAGGCUUGUGAUCAUGUUAUUGCUCUUCAUAUUUGCAGAAAUUUCGAUGAUGAAUCAAAGGAGAAGGUAUUGUUGGAUGAUUAUCUAGAGAUUUAUAAGGGCUUAUGUGAUAUUAAGAAGGUAAAACUUAGUGGGAAGAUAUUACCUGGAAAUUCAAUAAGAAAGAGCAUUGUAGAAGAGGGUAUAGAUUCUGCUGCUACUACUGUAAUUGUUGGUAUUAGCAAACCAUGUUCAAUUAGGGGUAGAUUGUCAACUGCUAAAUAUUGUGCAAAGCAUUUGCCUUCAACCACUGGAAUCUUCACUGUCCAUAAUGGCAAAGUUGUCUUUCAAAGGCUCUCUAAUGAUCAUUCACCAGGUAUUCAAAAAGAUCAAAGGCUAAGCUUCCGCAAACUAGAGUUUCAUGAUUCAGAAGCAUCAAAAAUGGAUUCAGAAUCAGGAUCAACAGAUAGCAGUAGUAUAGAAUUCCUUGAAACACAAAACAAGUAUACAAGUAUUGAGACUAAAAAAGAAGCCAAUUCUCUAAAAACAUCAUCAAGUUUCAGCAAUACAGAAAGCAUUACAGAGCAAAAACCUGGUUGGCCAUUACUCAGAAGAUCAAGCCUUCCAACACAAAAGGCUUUAGAUUCUAGAAAAAUGUCAGUAGUUCAAUGGGUUAUGAGCUUUCCUGAUCGAUCACCACCCGGAACUCCACAAAGUAUUAGGAGUAAUUAUGGUGAUUCUGAUUCUAGCAAUGGUAGUAAUGGUGUAUUUAGUAGGAAAAGUAGAAAUUCUUUGUUGGGUGAGAUGGACUUGGAAGAUCAAGAAUCAGGGAUUCCAUUUGAAUUGAGUUUUUUGGAUUUCACUUGGUUUAGCUAUGAGGUUUUGAGGAAUGCCACUUCAAGUUUCUCUUCAGAGAACAUUAUAGGUAAAGGAGGUUGUAGUCGUGUUUAUAAGGGCAUAUUUCUUGAUGGUAAAAAAGUGGCUGUAAAAGUUCUGAAAUCUUCAAAACAAACAUGGAAGGAUUUCUCAUUAGAAGUUAAUAUUAUGUCUUCUUUAAGACACAAAAAUAUAACACCUUUGCUUGGCGUUUGUGUUGACAAUAGUGAGCUCAUCUCUGUUUAUGAGUUCAUGUCUAAGGGGAGUUUAGAAGAUAACUUACAUGUUGAGAACAAAGAAAAAAAAGGAUUAUCAUGGAGUGCAAGGUUAAAAGUAGCAAUUGGGAUAGCGGAGGCCCUUGUUUAUUUGCAUCACAGAUGUACAAAGCCUGUUAUUCAUCGAGACAUCAAAACUUCUAAUAUUCUUUUGUCUGAUAAUUUUGAACCUCGGUUAUCUGAUUUUGGACUAGCAAUAUGGGGUCCAAAUUCAUCAUGUUAUGAGACCUACACAGAUGUAGUGGGAACAUUUGGAUACCUCGCACCGGAGUAUUUCAUGUACGGCAAGAUCACCCACAAGGUAGAUGUCUACUCCUUUGGUGUUGUCCUACUUGAAUUAUUAACCGGAAGAAAACCCAUUGAUUCCCGAGAGAGCUUAGUCAUUUGGGCAAAACCGAUGUUACAAAGUGGUAAAAUAAUCAAAAGAAUUAUAGAUCCUUGUUUGAAAGGAAGUGUAGAUGAAAGCCAAAUGCAAAGAAUGAUCCUUGCAGCUACCCUUUGCUUGACAAGAGCAACUAGGCUUCGGCCUAACAUGGACCGGAUUCUAAAACUUUUGAAAGGGGAGGAAAGUAUAGAAACAUGGGCAGAAUUUGGAGUUUAUGAUGAGAAACAAGAAGAUCAAGAAGAAAACUCAGCCGAGUUUUACCAAAACUCCAGUGCUGAUAAAUCACACUUAAGUCUCGCACUUCUCGACAUUGAAGAAGAUUUUACAUCGUAUAGUAGUGGUGAAAGGAGCACUAGCUCUCAUACUCUUGGAGAUUUUCUUAGUACAAGGUGUAGGAGUUCUUGCAAUUUUGAUUAGCCCAGCUUAACUAUUUUAUGAAAAAAAAAAAAAAAACUUUAUCUAUUUUUUGGAUUUUGAUUAUAAGUUAGAUAAUUUUGUAUAGGGGUUUAAAGAAAUUAAUAGGUAUGCAUUGACAUAUGAUAUGCACUCUUGUUAAUGUGGUGGUUUUGUUAAGUGUAAACUGUGUAUGGAACUUGUUUAUUGUAUGACUCAAUAAUCUCAUCUCUUUUAUUUUGA